CUACUUCAUUCCCACCACUCAUCCACUCAUUUUCUUUACCUUACAAACCCCCCAAACUGUGGUCCUGUCCCCCCAAACCCAGACCGACAGACCGACAAUUACCAACCUUCCUAAAGAUCGAUCGAACCAAAGUUCACCCUCAUUAAUCGAAUUGUCUUGCCUGCAAAGAACAACUCCAAGACUUUUCAUCGAACCGAGCGAGCACCCAUUGUUCACCGACUGCAGAGAUUUCUUCGCACGCGGACCCGGUCACGGUAGAAAUAACUCUACUAUCGCCUGACUAAUCCCCUCCUCUCUACACCGCCCAACACUAUAUCUAAACUUCCGUCACGAUGCCCUGCUUCAAGGGCAUCGCUGUUAGCAUUCAUGCAAACUCUGCCCCGCUACCGGAGUAUGGCUUGCAGAAACAAUCUCGCAUGUCCCGCAUCAGCGCCUAUAUACCUGUUCCACAACCUCAGUUGAACCCGGAGACUUCUCAGCACGAGGCGGCCAAGUUUGCCAUCUCCAUCACGCUAUUGACACCUGGCCAUGAAAUCCCUUACACGACGCCGAAGCCCACUGCGGCCAAUCCCCACCCGCGACCUCUUUAUGCAGGACCUCUCUCGUCAACCGAUCCUUCCAAGCAUGCUAAUGCGGUCACGCCAUACAUGCCUCUAACGCACUCUGAGAACGAAACCAUCGCAGCAUAUAUCUACUUUGACGGACGAGCUAAAGAGGAGGUCGCUACUCUGCUACGACCAGGCGAAGAAACAUGGGUUAACAGCCGUUGGGUCCAAGUCCCCGAGCUUGAGGGAGGAGGUCUUGCCGAGCGAGAAUUCCUCUUCCGCGAGGUUGGCCUAGAGAGAUGGCUUAAUGGCCUAGAUCUUAAGGGCCAUGACGCCGCGGAGAAGGUAGAGCGUCGAAGACAGAAGUUUGAGAGACGCCAUCGUCGUCACAGGUCUACACCCAACGGCGAGAUGGAUGCGGAGAAGCCAACCCGCACUCGAGAUACUCUAGCCUAUGGAUCCGAAGACCAAUCACCCCUUGCAAGCCCCACUGACUCAGACAAUGAUUCUAUGUCCGAUGAUGAUGAGCCUCCUGAGGCUACAGGUCAAAUCAAAGUAGCCAUGUUCCGCGUGAUUGCUUCUGGCGAGAUUAAGAAGGGAGAGUAUUCGCCUCAGUUCGAUGCCCAUGACGACGAUGAUGAGAGUGACAAUGGAACUAAGGGGGCUAACAAUGGGGCUAUCGAUGCCGAUGUCGAGCAUACCACUAGCUUUGCCAAGCCUAAGAGCCUUGAUCCUAAGACGAUCAGCACCCAAACUGUUACCGGAAUUGAUGCGCCGGAGAAGCCCUACGCGGUAUUCACCUUCUUUUAUCGCGGACAACGUCAACUUACUAAGAUGGGACUAUUCCCCAGUGCCAAGUCUGACCAGAAGGCACCAGGCACCAAACGACGAUCGACACAGCUCGAUUUCUCAGGUCUUGGCCCACUGAAAUCUACCGGUACCGUGGGAUUCUCCGCUUUCAGAGAUCAGGAAGCCGAUGCGGCUAAGAGACGCAAGGCUCGCAAGAAGAGUAACGGCACCAAUGGAAUCAUGAUGGAUGAGGAUAGCGAUGACGACGAUAACGACGACGGUCCUCUUACCAAGAUGGAAGAUUCUGAUGAUAAGGACGUCAAGAUUCAUCUGGCACCAGAGGAUGCCCAAGUUGCCGGGGAACUGCAGGCUGGCAUUGAUCGAAUUCGGCUAAAGCGCCAGCACUCGAUGGAUCCCGAUGCCUCAGCGGCAUCAAGUUCUAGGAAAUCUCCCAGCGCUGGCCCUAACGCCGAAGAAGCUACCCCUACGGAUUCUAACAAUCAAGCCGUUCCUAACACUGUAGCGAACCUACUCUCUCAGGCCUUUGACGGAGAUUCAACAGUCGGAAGUCCGUUAAAAAAGCAACGAGCAGACGAUGAGAUCACGGAUCGUUCUGCCAACUUUCCAUCAGCUUUGGGUGAUGUCUUAGGCAGAGCUAUGGCGGAUCAAGAGAAGAAAGGAGAGCAGCAGGUCAAAGUUGAGGUUGACGAAGACGAGGAGCUUUAGGAGAGCUCUUCACCAUAUCACACUUCGAACCUCGAGACUAGACCCAUUCAGUCGGCAUCGCCAGCUAAGGGCAGAACUCACAGAACUCGCAUGACAGCUCCUCGUGUUUCUUCCAACUUACGACACUGCGAGAGCGGAGAUGCUAUGGAUUUGU